UAUUUUGUUCGUUUAGUGUGGUGUUGUUAGGCACAGAGAGUGUAUUUUUCUAAUUGAAAUAUUAAAAAAGUACAUAUAUAUAUAUAUAAGCAAAUAUUAGUGACAAAAUUCUUUCAGAACGGCUAAACAAUAUUUAUUUGGUAAACUCUUAACAAAUUAAACAACAAAUAGAAAACUAGAACAGACUUAGUACAUAGGAGAAACAAAAACGCACAAAGUUAAACGUUUUUAGCAUUUCUUAAUAAAUUUCCUUACAAGAAAAAAUCAAAACGUUACCAAUGUCGGGAGGCGAUGUAAAUAUAAAAUUAUCACGUCUACUACUAAUGGCACACAAAUUUAAUAAUUUCUAUCUAAAUGGAUUUCAAAAGGGAGAUAUACGUCCUUUUCUAGUCGAAGGUCAACAGGUAGGCCUGAUUAAAUCUGAUGUGAUUAAACAGCUUAAUAGAUACCCUGAAGUAUUUUGUAUACGCGAUUGCGAAUUUACCAAACAGGGUAUAGUUGAGCUAAAUCCAGCAUUUCGUGAUUAUUCAGAACGUACCGAAAAACUUGAUAAGGUAUUAAGAGAAUUAAGAUCGAAAGGGUUAUUUUCCGCCCUGCAAGGAUGGAGAGAAGAGUAUUAUGAAGUGAAAGCUGAGCACAACAGUUUAUUAAAAAUGGAUCGCUCUGCUACGCCCUUGUUUGGCGUACGAAAAUAUGGCGUCGAUAUUAAUGGUUAUGUUAGACAUCCAACACGAGGUCUAUGUAUUUGGUUGCAACAACGUUCAAAUACCAAAGAGACUUGGCCUGGUAAAUGGGAUAAUAUGGUCGGUGGCGGCUUAUCGGUGGGCUAUGGCAUUAAGGAGACGGCCGUAAAGGAGGCUGCCGAAGAAGCAUCCAUACCAAGUGAUCUUGUUAAAAAUCUCAUUUCAGCUGGCUGUGUUUCAUUCUUUUUCGAGAGCGAACAAGGCCUAUUCCCAAACACCGAAUAUGUGUUUGAUUUAGAACUUCCUUUAGAUUUUGUGCCCCACAAUGCUGAUGGCGAAGUUCAAGCAUUUGAAUUGUUACCAGCUAAGGAGUGUAUCGAACGUAUAUUUACGCCCGAUUUUAAGACAACCAGUUGUCCAGUAGUUAUAGAUUUUCUCAUUAGACAUGGUUUUAUAACGGCAGAAAAUGAAUUUUGGUUCACCCAAAUUAUUGAAUUGUUACAUGUGCCUCUGCAAUCAUUAUAUACGUACAAACAACGUUUGGAAGAAUCUAAAAAGCAACUGCAACAAAAUUCAGAACAGCAACAACAAACAGAAAAAAUUAUUAAUAAUAAAAUUAUAGAAAAUGGCCACACCAAACCACCACUAACAGAGGCCAAUUAAUUAAUUAAAUUAUUAAUAAAAAAAUUAAUACAUAUUUUGUUUGACUUAAGAAAUUAACAACGAUUAGCAUAAUGCAGAUUUUUCUUAAUAUAUACAAGACUGCAUAAGAAAUUUUAAUUUAAAUUUUUUUAAAACAUAAAACCAAUAUUAAUUAUUAAAUGAAAAAAAAUAUAUACAUAAAAGAAAACAAAAUAACAAUGACAUAGAAAAACAGCAGCCUCUAUUUAACAAAAGCUAAUAGAAUCUAUUUUACACUCCAGUUCUUAACAACACAAAUUAAAUAUUACGUAUAUCAGUUGCUGUGUAUAGUUUUAUAUAAUAUAUUACAUACAUACAUAUAUAACUACCAUGCAUCAUUAAACAAAAAACAAAAACUUACAUUAUUAUUUAGAGGAAAAAUACAUAAUUUAUCUAUCUCUAACUCUAUAAAAACUUAUACAACUUCAUAAAUACUUAAUGAAAUAUUUACAUGAAAUAAAAUUAUCUUUGUAGUGCCUGUUUCCAAUUCAUUUAAAUAUCAAUUAAUUUGUAUAACCACUUUGAAAUACUUUUCACCAUUCUAAUUAAUUGUAUAUAAUUUUAUGUUUUUAUUUUAUUUUUUUAGAAUUUCGGUUAUAUAAUUAACUAUUAUAUAUAAAUGUAGAUAUACUAUGUUAUUAUUUUAUAAAAUUUAUAUCAAAUACAAAUAUGACAAACAAUUGUGUAUGUAAUAUCAAAACUAUUUGAGUUCUUUUUCUUUUCUAAGUUAAUUUAUUUAACUCUAAAAUAAUGUUUAAAGUUUUGCAACGUUUAACAUAUACAUACAUAUACUUCUUGAUAUGUUCUAAGACGACACAUUCAAAAUAAAAAUAAAAUAAACAUAGUUUUAACAAAUUACUUAUUUAAUUGAUAUUUUUGUCUAAUAUUACUGACUAACUUUGUAUCUUACUUAUAUAUGUGUACUACUCAAUAUUUAUAAAUAAUUAUGUGUGUUGUAUGUUUUAUGUAUUAUAAAACCAAAGUGCUCAAAUUAUGUUCAGCUAAUAUUUGUAUUUUUGUUGUUUUUUUUAUUAAAAAUAUUUUAAAACUGAUAAGAAAAAAAUUAUGUUUUGCUAAUGCAUCACAAAUACAAUAUCAAUUAAAAUUAGUCAAUAUAUACUCGUAAAAACUAUUUAAAAA